UCACCACUCUGGCCCUCCAAUCACGAGCCGGAUAAAUUGCGACGUUUUACGUGGCCUGCCGGUGGAUCGUUUGGGCAGGGCGAUGAAGGAGUAAGGCGGCGGUGACGAGUAUUGCAACAGCGGUGAGCAUUAUUCGCAAUCAAUCAGAUGCACUGUAUUAGUGUGCACGAGCGGGAAGGGUCUCGCGUCUUUAAAAGCAAAACAUCUCCCUCGUCUUUGGUCAGCUAGGACGGAGCAAAAGGUCGAAUUCGUUUGUUCACUGAAAUUACAGACUUUGGCCACGAUUGAGCAAGUAACAGGGAAAUUCUUUUUGUAUUUUUUUUGUCGAAACAAUUCGCUGUGUUCAUAAAUUUUUAUUAAAAUUGCCGUUAUUUUCUUGUUUCCCUCUUUCCAAUGUUGGUCAAUUGGUCCUUAAAAGAUGCCUAUGUGGUCGUCGUAGGAGACGGUAACAAUGCUGCAAAACGUGUUGCCAUGUUGCAGGAGCAGGGAGUGAAGCAGGUCCUCUGGUUCAAAACCUUAGAGGCUGCGUCCAGUAUCGCCCCAAAACCAUCAUACACGACUUCAUACUCAUCAGCAUACUCGUCGUCAUCAUCAUCAUACGCUUGGGGUGCUCCAGCUUCGACUGGCGGCAGCUUUUCCUUUAGUAAACCGACAGUUGCUGAAGCUGAUGCAGCAGCAGCAGCAGCUGCUGCUGCUGCUAAGAAACCCUAUUAUGUGCAAAACGGCAACGUCCAGGAAUACGACUUUAGUUCUCUUAGAAUCCCCGAGUCGCUACAAGAAAUGGGAAGCCCUGAAAGGAUGAAUGUGGUGGAUGCCGUGUUUGCCGUUAAUGAACAGAAAGUUAAAAUGGAUUCUCUUGCCAAAACAUGCCGUCGUCUGCGAAUUCCUUUCAAUAAUGCGGAAUCAUGCUCAUAUAACACCUUCAACAUCCCAGCGACUUGGUCGGAAGGCCCACUGCAGCUUGCUCUCAGCACCUCCAGAAACGGCUGCCGUUUGGCACAAAGACUGUUAAGACAUGUCGUCAGUACUCUUCCGGUCGAAAUGCCCGCUGCUGUUCAGACUUAUGGUAAAGUUCGUAGUCUCACUCAAGAGGAUGCACAGAAAUCAAAAUGGCUGAGUCAAAUCACCGACUACUGGCCUCUGGAAAAGAUAUCCAAAUUGACUGAAGACGAUUAUCAUGCCGUACUUGACGACGAAAAGACGCUUACCCAUCCUCCUAUCUAUACCGCAUCAGCAUUCAAGCCUUCGAAAAAGGGACAAAUCGUCCUCGUGGGCAGUGGCCCUGGAAACCCCGACCUCUUGACUGUGGCUGCUCGUGAAGCAAUCCAGAGGGCUCACUUCGUACUGGCGGACAAGCUUGUACCGGGGCCUGUGCUUCGAUUAAUUCCCCGACACACACCUGUCUUUAUUGCCCGCAAGUUCCCUGGAAAUGCAAGCAAUGCUCAAGACGAGCUGCAUGAGUUGGCUUUGGAAGCACUUGAACAAGGCCAGUAUGUUGUUCGACUGAAGCAGGGCGACCCAUUCAUUUUUGGAAGAGGAGGCGAAGAGGUCUUGUUUUUUAAGAAGCACGGAUACUCUCCUCAAAUCAUUCCCGGAAUUUCCAGUGCGAUGGUAGCACCAGCAGUUGCCGGCAUUCCCAUGACUCAUCGAGGAAUCGCAGACCGGUUCUUAAUCUGUACCGGAACCGGCAAAAACGAAUCGUCGCCAGAAAUCCCACCGUUUGUGGCCAAGCAGACGGUCGUUUUCCUCAUGUCAUUGCACAAGUUACGCUCAUUAACGGAGUCGUUAAUAAGCAAUGGGUAUCCUUCGAUAACGCCAGUUUGUAUUGUCGAGCGCGCUACGUGCGCCGACGAACGUUUUAUUCGUGGUACCAUAGAAAGCAUUGCCGACAUUUACGAGGAUAUUCCCGAUCACCGCCCACCUGGCUUGCUUGUUGUUGGCUUUGCUUGUUCAGCAUUUGGCAUUACUGAAGGAAGCAUUGACAAAAAGGAAAACAUCGUCGAGCCCAGCAAUGUCGCAAAAGAAGACGUUGCCAAAAAAGAUGUUGUCACGAAGGAUAAUGUCAUUCAAAAUGACAAUUCUGUCAAAAAGGAAACCGCAGCGCUUGCAGGAUCUUCGUAAAACCUAAAAUUCCCCUUUUCGCUUAAUAGACCACUCCCUUUAUGUUUUUCUUUUUUGUAACACAAUAAAUAUUUUAUGGAAACCCGGAAAUCUUUUGAAGUAUGC